CCGUAGCUGGCAGCAGGAAGUAGUCGUAUGACCCGGAAGCUCCCGGAUUGAUGUCACAGAGCGGGCGAUGCAGUAGAGUGCUUUGAGUGAAAGAAGUGCGGGAAGCGCUCUGCCAGAUGUCCUUUUAGCCCGACCGCUCUUCUUUUUAUCGUCCAGCCGACCUGUCCGCCUUCACCAUGACUAACAAAAGGAAAAGGCAAGAAGACUUUCAGAAAGUGAAACUGAAGGUUGGGAAGAAGAAGCCACGAGCAGACAAUGCGACUGACACCAACUGCAAGAUCAAGUCCAUUCAUCUGACCGAGCAGCUAAGGGACCAGCACUCUCUGCCUACCAGCAGGAGGAAGCUCACUAUUACGGAUAUCCUUUCACAAAUGCACCACUACAAUUCUGGUGUUAAACAUGGGGCACUUGUUGGUCUUAAAGAAAUCCUGUCAACUCAUCCUUCAUUAAUUGAUACGCACAUUUCAAAUAUAAUGAGUGAAGUGACUGCUGUGUUCACCGACAAAGAUUCUAUGGUUCGGUCAGCCACAAUAUCGGUCUUGCAGCAUUUGGCACCUGUGAUUUCUCAAGAAAGGAUUGCCCCUUUUUUCCCUCUUGUAAGUGCUCACCUCUCCUCUGCUAUGACUCAUAUAAUGCUGGGGAUUCAAGAAGACUCUCUGAAGAUCCUAGAUAUCCUUUUGGAAGAAUAUCCUGACUUGCUUAUUGAUCGUAGUAGCAUGUUGUUGAACAAUUUCUUGGAACUUAUUUCCCACCAACAGAACUCUAAAGAAAUAAAAAACACAGAUAAGGCACCAUCUUGGACACUGUCUGUAAAUCCUAAUAGGAAAAUUACAUCUCAGAAGUGGAGGAUAAGUGUACUGGGUAGACUAAAAAAGUUUCUUCAGGCAUUAGUGAAACGAGCUGUUGAAAGAUACCCUGACAAGGAGGAACUUCAUGAUGGCAAUGAAAAUGAGUUUACUGUAAAAGCAAAUGUAGACAUCUCUUGGCAAGACCAUGCAGCUGGUCAGCACCAAAUUAGGUUGUUUGAUUGUGGGCAAACGCAAUUAAGUAAAAACUCAUUUCAUCUGAGGUCAUUGGUGGGUAUAUCUUGCAACACAGAUGAAGGUCUCUCAUCUUCAUAUAGUUUAAAGGCAUUCAUCCAAGCUGUCAUUCCAAUUUUGAUUGAAUGCUGGGUUGAGGAGUCACCCAGUAACAUCUGUGAUAGUUCUGAAAACUUGCUAAAACCUGUAGCACAUCAUCUUCUGCAGCAGGUGCUGAGCAUCAUUUCUCUCCUUUGGAAGCUUAGUGAACACCAGGAUGAAUCACAGAAAAUGGAUGGUUGGCUCAGGAAGAAUUAUCUUAAAGAUUUCAAGCAUCACUUCAUGAAGCAUUUUCCUUACAACCCACAAGAUAUUUUGAAACAGAAGAAAAAGUUCAUGAAAGGGAAUAGAGAUGGAUUGCUUCCUUAUAACGGCUUGGAUUAUAUUUUGUUAAAUUUAACUUUAUGUGACAUUAUGGUCUCUUUGGCAAAUCCUUCAACCCUGCAAGAGGAUUCAGACUGGCUAGCCAUGAUAAGGACCUUUGUGACUGAAAAGUUGAUUAGUGGGUGGAAACUGAAUGCUAAACAAUUAAAACGAUUACUUGAAGUAACAAACAGACUUUUGCAUAUCCAUAUUAACAGAGUGGCUACAGAGAAGUUGAUUCAAGCCGUUUAUAUGACAUAUCAGCAAAGAGACUUACACUUGUCAGUGCGUUCUAUGCUUCUGAAGUUUUUUAAUAGGGUUUAUUUAAAAGAAGAAGAAAUGUUCCUCAACUUGGGGAGGAGUCGAAGUAAAGUUUUAUCUCGAUGGCUUGCCAGCUUACCAGUUCAGCUUGUUCACCUUGGUCCAAGAAACCACCAGCUUUCUUCCCUUAUGAUUGAUACAAUAUAUACUGCUGCAGCUCGGUCAAACAAGGAAUUACUUCAGAACCUUCAGACAGUAGCCUGUCAAAUUUAUGAUCCAAAAGAUGGCAUUCUUGUGCUUCUACCGGAAGAGUUGCAGUUGAGACUGGUGCAACUUUUGUACUUUAUUCCAACUCUGUCAUCUGAUUUGCUGGUUUUGUUGAGUCGAUGUUGUAUAUCUGAACGAUUACCAUCUAAUCUUGCCUCGAAGCUUAUUGGAAUCUUACAUACAAGGUCUCCCUUCGGGAAUUGGAUGUGUCCAAUCAUUGAGAGCACAAUGCAAGAUGUGGAUUAUUUCAGUUUUCUGUUCUCAACACUUACAGGGUUUUCUACAGAGAAGUUAGCAUGGAUGCAGAGUAAUAAACUUAAUUCUCGACUAAGCAAAACAAGAGUGUCUCGUGUCUGUCUUUACAUGACUGAACAGUCAUUUUUUGCCCAUCACUGGACAAUUACUCAGGCAGUAUGCAGUAGCUUGUCUUCAGUGAGGCCAAGACGUCAGUGUUUUGACAUUCUUCAGAAUGCAAUCACCAAGCAUCUUGGUGGCUUAAUUAUCAUGCCAGACAGUACUAUUGGAUCAGUUUUACACGCCAUAAAUACUCUUCUUGAUCAAAGCUGUGUGCUUUCUGAAACUCUAUAUACCUUUUUGGCUUCCAACUGUUACAGCAUUUUCAACUGCCUGCUUACAAUGGAGAAAGAUGCUGAGCAUGUACAGAAAAGGGAUAAUUUAUGGGGAGAGUGCAUUUCAUUACUCUCUGUGUUGCCAAAUGUUUUGAAGCUGAUGUUGCAGAACCUGCAAGUAAGCAGAGCUUGCCAGGAAGAGCUACCUGUUAUUGCACAGUUGCUUCGCCUUUUGCUUCAGAAUCCACAACUAAGGAGUCAUAUGAUGACUAAUGCAUUCCUUGUCCAGCAAACCCUUCAAGAUGUUAUGAAUUUGAAGAGCUGUGAAAUUCAAGAACAGUGGCUGACUGAUCUGCAGUACUGCUUUAAUGUGUAUCUUUCAAAACAGAUACAGGAAUGAGGCAUCGGGUGUAUUUUCAUUUUAAAGAAACUUACAAAAUACUACUGUAUAUUCAAAAUGUGAUCUUUGUAUACGCACACACACCCUAUAUUUUCUGACAAUGCAAAGUUUCAAUAAAAAUUCCAAACUGCUAAAUUGCCAACAUAAUGCUUUCAGUGUUCAAAUAGUCUGGAACCUCUACAUACGUAUGUUUUAAGGAUUUUGUUUUUCUUUUGUAUGCAGUUGUCUUAAAAUAAGUAUUUACAUAUUUUUGCAUCCGAAUUUUCAGAUUUUGUUAAACAAGUAAAUAUGUUUUAUGGCAAAUGUGCUAUGGUUUUCUGUUAAAUUGCAGUGAUCGCUUUACAGAAUGUUUUGUAUUGAACAAACAGUGAAAUUUAUCAUUAUAAAACACACUUUAUUUUGGUACUUGCACAUGAUCCUCACUCUGCCGCUCAACAAAUUAUAAUUUUGAUCCUCCCUGGUACUCAAUGCAUCAUUCCACCUCUUGGUGUAAAAUGUGAAGCCAUCUCUUUAUUAAUAACUUUUUAAAAAGGAGCAACCAUUUGACCUCAGUCUGUAAUAUAUGCAAACAGAUGAAGGGUCAGUCCAUUAAAAAUAGAUAUUUCAGCUUUGGGGAAAAAAAUUAUCCGGUUUAUUAACCCUUGGGCUUUUUUUUUUUAAAAUGUCCAAGUAGUCAUGCAAAAAAUGUCUUCAUCCAGUUUCCAACGAUGGCCAUUGCGCAUUUUUUCAAUUUUAUGUUUUUAUUAAGAAUGCUGGUAGAAGUGUGUCAGGUUGGGCAGCUUAAAUGGGGCAAUUUUACUGCACAGGUCUCUGGAAAAAGCCAAGAAACUAGUGAGCAUAAAACCACAGUCCCCUAAUAUCACUUUUGUAUGGACUGACCCCUUAAUUUAGCUUACUUCAUCCUGAUAAUGCUUAAAGUGUAUUCUAAGUAAGAUCAAGGUUUGGAAAGAGCCAUUGGUAUGCAAGCUCAUGCACUUCCAGAUGUAUAGGUCAGUCAAGUUCUUGUAUUGAGUGUUCUGAAACUUUGGCACACUGAUAUGUAAAUAUUUGUAGCAAUUCAUGUGAUGAAGAGCUGUCCUAAUAGUUGCUGUCACUUGCUAUUGUUCCAUAAAGGUGAUGCAGAGUACCCUGAUUUUCAGGAUUCAAAGGAUGCUUAAUAGGAUAGCUGGGUUUGACGUGCCAGUGGCUUCUUAGACACUUUGCUCUUCUGGUUUACUCUAAGCAUUUUCAUUUGUAAAAUUAAACUUCCCUUCUUACUAUAGUGUAAUAUAUUCGCUUUAUCUUUUCAACAGUUUUUACAAGAAAUAUUUUUUCUGUAACUGUUGUGUUUUUUGUUUUGUUUUUUAAGGUAUGCUUUUGCAAAAUGUUUAGUGACUUUUGCCUUAGAUGUACAGGAAACUCAAGUACUUAAAUAAAAAUGUGUCUUUUUAA